CAACCAUUGACCUCGACCGUGAUUCGCUAACAAUCUUUAAGUCCAUCAUCUUCGAUGAAUUCAACACCCGAUGGUCAAAAUACCUCUCGCCCAAAUUCUUCGACCCCAUCAAACUCGAGCUCAGAUCCUACUGCCCCCUUCGUCGCUCCAACACCAGCAGCAUUAGCGCUUGACUGUCCCGACGGGGAUGGUCAAAUCAUAUCCGACCUCUACAUACCCACCGGCAGAACGUUCAGAUAUCAAGUCACCUGCGGUAAAGACUGCCAAGUGAAAAAUAUUUUCCCCAUCUGGGCAUACAGUCUUGAUAUGUGUAUGCAGGCGUGUGCGAACAUGAAUGCAUAUAAUGCGACUGAUUUGGCGUGUGGGGCUGUAGCUUUUAGAGCUGAUAUGGCGAAUGUGACGAGCCUCGGUGGAAACUGCUUUCUGAAGACGGGGUGUGAUUCCGUCUCUCAGAAUGCAGAUGUUGCGCAUGCGGUUCUCCUUUCUUUCUGACUGAAUAAACUGUGGAAUUGUACAUGAUGGAGGCUCCGAAUAAUAAGAGGUUUGGCGUGAAAGUUCUAGGAUAC